AUGUGGCACGCGGAGGGGAAAUGGCUGCCGAAAACAAGCCGGAAGAGCGUUUCCCAAAGUCUCUUCUGUGGAACUAGCACCUACUGUGUCCUCAACACCGUGCCACCUAUAGAAGAUGGUCAUGGGAACAGCAAUAGUAGUCAGGUAAGAAUCUUUUUACCGAAAAAGCUGCUUGAACGUCUGCCGAAAUGUUCAAGUCUACCCAGAGAGGCACCGUUGGAACACUAAUGAGAGAUCAUGAUG